GAGUUCUAGCCGGUGGAGGAAGUUGAAGAGUUCACUCAUUUCACACGGAGACGCAUGCUAUCGAACAGACUUCAAUGCUUUCCAUGUCAAUGCCCCUUUCCUCCUCCAUGACUACCUCCACCACAAUCAUCACCCCUCUACGUAGACCCUUCGAUAUCCUCACCAAAGUAAAAAAUCUACCCUUAGAACGACAGUGCCGUGCCUCUCAAACCCAAGAUGCUAUCUCCAAUCCCAGAUUCCCGCAGCGUCUACAAAGCCAAUCUUCUCGGCACCAAGUACCCCAACCUCUUCUCCAACACCGACCAGUCUUCACAGCACCACACGUCCACAUCCCAAUCAACGAAAAGUUCCAUCGACUCGCACACAUCUUCCGACUCCGACUCCGACUCCGACUCCGACUCUGAUCUCGAACUCUAUGAACUGUACUGCGGCCUCCGCUCUCCCCGCCUACCGUCCUUGGUAUCUAGCAUCUGCUCCUCCUCGUCCUCUUCCUCCUCCACCGCAUCGCUAGACCUCGACUACCUGCAUGAAGAACCGCACCAAGACGUUAAGCGCGACGUAGCGAGGGAGACGAGUGAAAGCUUUGACGAUAUUGAUCCAGAUGGCCUGAAGACCGGCGAUGUCAUUGUGGACAGGGAAGGGAGGGAGUGGGUGUGGCAAAGGUGUUACUGCGCGCACAUUUUUUGCAACGGACGAACUAUUCGCCCGGUAGAGGGCCGGCAUGAGCUGGAUCCCUGGGAUCGGGGAAGGCUGGCAUGACCGGUGCUGACGUGUGUGAAAGGUGCAGUAGAAAGGUACCUUCACAUUGGUAGGUAUCGGCGGUUUCUAUUCCAACUCCAGCUCCAAGCCCUAGCCCAGCUCCAAAUUCUCAUCCUGCCAUUCUCGUUUCCAUCAGUUCAUACAAUAUCCAACGGAAUUUUUUUUAUCCAGCGAUGUAGCUAAGGUUUAAAGGAUGCGCGCUAAGAGAC